UAUGAUGGAGAGCUUCAGACAGAAGGCUGACAGAGCUCAGCAGCUUCUCGUCUCCUCCUUUUUCUGAGAAUGAAAACUCUUGAAGAAGAUGAACUUUGCUUUCCAAAACUCCUCAACUCCUCCUGCAGGAAGACCAUGCGUCCUCACUCUGUAACCAUGCUCACUUACAUUUCACUGUCCACCAUCUCUCUGCUCACUGUGACUCUCAACCUGCUGGUCAUCAUCUCCAUCUCCCACUUCAAGCAGCUCCAGACCCCCACCAACCUCCUCCUCCUCUCUCUGGCUGUCUCAGAUUUCUUCGUGGGCCUCCUCAUGUUCUUUCAAAUUGUGCUCAUGGAUGGCUGCUGGUUCUUCGGUGACUUCAUGUGUGCCAUGUAUCAGUAUCUAAUAUACAUUGUUACCGCUGCCUCAAUAGGAAACAUGGUGCUCAUAUCUGUUGACCGCUAUGUGGCUAUUUGUGAUCCCCUACAUUAUCCCACUAAAGUCACACAGAAAACAGUUACGAUAUGUGUUUGUCUGUGUUGGAUAUGUUCUGCUUUCUUUCACACUAUGAUACUGAAGGAUAACCUGGAACAACCUGGCAGGUAUAAUUCCUGCUCUGGAGAGUGUGUCUUUGUCAUUAACUACAUUGCUGGACUUGUAGAUGUUUUUUUGACCUUUAUUGGUCCUGUCACUGUCAUUAUAGUUCUGUAUAUGAGAGUAUUUGUGGUGGCUGUGACUCAGGCUCGUGCCAUGCGGUCUCAUAUUGCAGCUGUCACUCUCCAGUAUUCAGGGAGAGUAACUGCUAACAAAUCUGAAAUGAAAGCAGCCAGGACUCUUGGUGUUGUUAUUGUCGUGUUUCUAUUAUGCGUCUGCCCAUAUUUUGGUGUUUCACUAACAGGCCAGGACACCUUGCUCAAUGCCUCAUCUGCUGCCUUUGUAAUAUGGCUGUUCUAUCUCAACUCCUGUCUUAACCCUUUGAUCUAUGCCUCUUUUUACCCCUGGUUUAGAAGGUCUAUUAAACUCAUUGUUACACUUAAGAUACUGCAGUCUGGCUCCUGUGAGACCAACAUAACGAAACCUCGGUGGACAAUUCGGACUUCAGUCCCCUGCACCCAAGCAAUCCACACCGAAUGCGUGUCGGGACCCCGAGCCAACAACAAGCUUUUCUUAAUCUCCUCCAUACCUGACGUUGAAAAGCUCUGGGGCCAUCCACCAAAGGCAGGGGAGCUAAUAUUUGUGUCAGAGAGAGCAGAGCAGGUGGACCCAAAUGCAGGAGAUCAAAGACAACUGGAACUUGGCAAAAUAAAUUCCUGCUCUGGAGAGUGUCUUGUUGUCAUUAACUACAUUGCUGGACUUGUAGAUCUUUUUUUGUCCUUUAUUGGUCCUGUCACUGUCAUCAUACUUCUGUAUAUGAGAAUAUUUGUGGUGGCUGUGACUCAGGCUCGUGCCAUGCGGUCUCAUAUUACAGCUGUGACUCUCCAGUAUUCAGGGAGAGUAAUUGUUAAAAAAUCUGAAAUGAAAGCAGCCAGGACUCUAGGUGUUGUUAUUGUCGGGUUUCUAAUAUGCGUCUCCCCAUAUUAUUUUGUUGCAGGCCAGGAAACCUUGCUCAAUGCCUCAUCUGCUGCCUUUGUAAUAUGGCUGUUCUAUUUCAACUCCUCUCUCAACCCUUUGAUCUAUGCCUCUUUUUACCCCUGGUUUAGAAGAUCUAUUAAACUCAUUGUUACACUUAAGAUACUGCAGCCUGGCUCCUGUGACACCAACAUACUGUAG